AGUUUAUGGACUUAAAUGCUGAAAUCUGGGGUUCCAUUCCCUGCAGUGGACAGAGCUCAGACAACAUAUUAUGGUAUCAGUUACGAUAAUGCAAAAAAGAUGCGACAGGAACGACUGAGCCCAGCACUGUUUUUGUACUACAAAUCGCCAGUCAUGUUAAAUCAAGGGCACAUGCAAUGGAUAUGGGACCACACUGGAAAACGUUACCUUGAUAUGUAUGCAGGAAUUGUUACUGUUAGUGUGGGUCACUGUCACCCAAAAGUUAAUCAAGCAGCCAGAGAACAAAUGGAUAAAUUAUGGCAUACUACAAACAUCUAUAUGCAUCCAAGAAUUCAUGAGUAUGCUGAAAAACUGACUGAACGUUUACCUGGAAACCUGAAGGUUUGUUUCUUCUGUAAUAGUGGAUCAGAAGCAAAUGAUUUAGCAAUGCUAAUGGCAAAGUUGUAUACUGGAGCUACAGACAUCAUAUCUCUCAGAAAUGCCUAUCAUGGAAUCAAUGGUUGCACAGUAGGUUUGUGUGGAGUUGGUUCAUGGAAAUUCAUGGUCCCAGGUAUAUCUGGUAUUCAUCAUACCAUGAACCCAGACCCCUAUAAAGGACUUUGGGGAGGUUCUCAUUGUCGAGAUUCACCAGUUCAAACACAGCGACAAUGUAGCUGUGAAACUAACCAGUGCCAAGCUACUAACCAAUAUAUAGAACAACUACAAGAAAUAUUCAAAUAUUCACUGCCAAAAAAGAGAAUUGCAGCUUUCUUUGCUGAAAGUAUUCAGGGUGUUGGUGGUACUGUGCAGUUUACUAAAGGCUAUUUAAAAAAAGCAUUUGAGAUGGUUCGAGAAAGAGGUGGCCUUUGUGUGUCUGAUGAGGUACAGACAGGAUUUGUCCGAACUGGCAGCCACUAUUGGGGAUUCCAGAAUCAUGAUGUUGUUCCUGAUAUUGUAACAAUGGCUAAAGGAAUAGGAAAUGGAUAUCCUUUAGCAGCUGUUGUCACAACACCAGAAAUUUCAAAGACUCUUUCUGAGGCAACUUUCUUCAACACUUUUGGUGGGAAUCCAGUUGCUUGUGCAGUUGGAUCUACUGUUCUUGAUAUCAUUGAUGAGGAAAAGCACAUGGAAAACUGUAACAGAAUUGGAAAGCACCUUCUGGACCAACUGGCAAAAUUAAGAGAUGAAUUUGAAAUUGUUGGUGAUGUCAGAGGCAAGGGAUUGAUGAUUGGUGUAGAGCUAGUUACCAGUAAGGAAUCCAAAAAUCCAUUACCAGUAUCAGAUAUGAAUGAUAUUUUUGAAGAUUGUAAAGAAAUGGGUCUUAUUAUAGGAAAAGGAGGUGAAUCUGGAAAUGUAUUUCGCAUCAAACCUCCUAUGUGUAUCACUCAAGCUGAUGCUGAUUUCUGUGUCGCUGUUAUGAGGAAGGCAUUCUCCAAUUAUGUUCAAAGAACAAACAACUAAAUUUAAUCAAAAUACUUUGAAUUUUGUGCAGGGGAACUGUAAAGAAUCAAGAAAUAAAACUAGCAGCUUUUGAUAUUGUACUCAAAA